AUGUCUGAUGGAGAGAAAGCCCGUACCUCUGGCGAGGUCCCGCGCCCAGAGCAGACCUUGCCCACCGUCAACCCGGCCGCUGAGAAGGCUGAGCCUCCCAAGGCUUCCCUGCACCCGGCCUUUUACGUGACUGCCUGGAUCGCCCUCAGUUCCAGCGUCAUUCUGUUCAACAAGCAGAUCUUGGCGAACGAGGCUGCUCCGUUUGCCUACCCUAUUUUCUUGACAACAUGGCACUUGACCUUCGCCACCAUCAUGACCCAGAUCCUCGCUCGCACCACCACCCUGCUCGACGGCCGCAAGACUGUCAAGAUGACUGGCCGCGUCUACCUGCGUGCCAUUGUCCCCAUCGGUCUCUUCUUCAGUUUGUCUCUGAUCUGCGGUAACGUUACCUACCUGUACCUGAGUGUCGCCUUUAUCCAAAUGCUCAAGGCUACCACCCCCGUUGCCGUCUUGCUCGCCACCUGGGGUCUCGGAAUCUCUCCCGUCAACCUGAAGGUCCUCAUGAACGUCUCUGCCAUCGUCGUCGGUGUCGUCAUUGCUUCCUUUGGUGAGAUCAGGUUUGUCUUGAUCGGUUUCCUCUUCCAGAUCGGUGGUAUCAUCUUCGAGGCCAUUCGCUUGGUCAUGGUCCAGCGCUUGUUGAGCUCUGCCGAAUUUAAGAUGGACCCCCUCGUCUCCCUCUACUACUUUGCCCCUGUCUGUGCUGUCAUGAACGGAGUCACCACCCUGUUCAUCGAGGCCCCCAAGAUGUCCAUGACUGAUAUCUACAACGUCGGUCUCAUCACUCUCCUCGCCAACGCCGUGGUUGCAUUCUUGCUCAACGUCUCUGUUGUGUUCUUGAUUGGCAAGACUUCCUCCCUGGUCAUGACCCUCUGUGGUGUCCUGAAGGAUAUCCUUCUGGUUGCCGCCUCCAUGGCCAUCUGGCACACCCCCGUCACCCCUCUCCAGUUCUUCGGCUACUCGAUUGCUCUCGGUGGACUUGUCUACUACAAGCUUGGUGGCGACAAGAUCAAGGAGUACACCAGCCAUGCCAACCGCUCUUGGGCUGAGUACGGAUCUACCAACCCUGGCCAACGCCGUGUCGUUGUCAUUGCUGCUGUUGUUCUCGGUUUCUUCCUCUUUGUUGGAGCUCUUGCCCCUAGCUACGCUCCCGAGUCGGUUGACCGUGUUCGCGGUGCUCUGGGCGGUGCCACCGCCGGCAAUGCUUAA